GUUCGUCGCACUUAACAACCACCACAUUGCCCACUAUCGUACCACAAACUCACAAUGGCAUCCGAAGCCGAGCAAAAUGACCCUCUCCUCAUCUUGCGACGCGCCAUUGCGUCUGGCGUUACGCCGAUGCUGUCAACCACGGAAGAUGCAAGCACAGGAACGGACAACAUCGCUCAAGCAACGCACAUUCACAUCGGCACGCCGUCUGGGCAGAAGGUCUUUCCGUUGAGCAUGGAGACACGGUAUAUGUCGGACUCAAAGCCCACAGACUUACGCUCCAUCUACUUUGUGUGGCUUCACAAAGACGAUACGACGACCGCGUACAUCUCCGCUCGCGCAGCCGCCAACAAGGCUCUUACCGAAGCAGGCAUUGUCGAGAUCAAGAACUUGCCCUUCACAGACAGGACGGACCUCGUUGCAUGGCUCGAUGGCACGAACGAGGAGAGCGAGAAUCUGCAAGUGUUGGACUCUGCGAAGGCGAGCGCCCAAGCCGAUAGGGCGGCUGCCAUCACAGCAGGUACGGCCGACGGUGCACCCGGCGCCGCUCCUGUCGCUGCGGGAGCGGGUAAAGUGUCUGUUGCCAUUGAUCCAAAGUUGGCGAAGAUCUACGCUGGAGAGAGGAAGAUGGGUGAUCGAAACAGUAUUUUGAGGGGCAUAAAACCAACUGAUUUCUCGCACGUUCGCAAGCAGGCGGAUGCUUAUCUUGGCCGCUCGAAGUCGCGCCCGACCGGACCGACCCCUGCCUCAGUUGGGAACCCAGCGCUCGUCUCCGGUCUUAAAAAGCCCGGCUCAGGACGACGCCUCGAACCGAUCAUUCUGCUCUCUCCCUCGGCGUCAUCCCUUCUGCGCAUGUCCAACAUCAAGCAGUUCCUCGAGAACGGAAUAUUCGUACCAGCGGACUCGGCUGCGGCUGGCACCAUUGGAUCCGCAAAUCUUUUGUACACGUCGCGGCUUAUGCCGUCUAUUGACCCGCAGCGACCCUUCCGUUUCAUUCUUGUCGAUACGCCGGAUCAAUUCAAACCGGACUACUGGCAGCGCGUUGUCGCGGUAUUCACCACGGGCCAGACGUGGCAGUUCAAGAGUUACAAAUGGCAGAAUCCAGCGGAAUUGUUCUCCCACGCUCUGGGUAUCUACCUUGGCUGGACCGGCGACGCAGUGCCGGAUACGGUUAAGGGCUGGGGGCGCAUGGUCAGAACUGCAUUUGUGGAUAAGUGGACGCCCCAUCAGGGCGAGAAAGGGAGGUGGCGAGACAGGGAAGUUGUCGAGGGCCUGUGGAAGGCGAUUGAGGAGAGCAUGAGAAGGAGCGGAUGGACAAAGGAUGGAUUUGUGGGCUGAAAAGCUCUGGCGGCAAUGGGCUAUGUGUAGCCCGCCGCUGACAGUCGGCACCUGAGCCCGAGCAACCCGGUCCCGGGCCUCAAGUUUCUUCAAGCGGGGAAGAGCGCGCGUGUAUAGACAACGGCAUUAGCGACGGCGUUUGCAGGGGGAUUUGCUCCAGUUCACUUGAAAAUAGACGCAGUGACGCGCCCCCAAAGAGGCGAAUGCCACCGUUUAUCGAGGCAUGCUUGGCUUCCACGAUGUUUAUCAUAAAAUGAAAACAGAGGCGGACGAUGGCGUCUAGCAGCACGUAACGAAUGUAAAGCUAAAGAUGCACCAACACGUUGGGUAAUCUUCACUGGCAGCGCGCGCAUUGGCGACACUUCAUCGGCCAAGAAAAGAAAAACCAAAGGGAGAAACUGGGGGAAAACGAGCCUGCAAAGAAGAAGGUCUUUUCAUCCCAGAUGGGUUGCUAAGAGAUAAUUGUGGCAAGAUCUCCCAGGGCAUUGUAGAAUACUACUCAAGCUUGGGCAAUUCCACGGCCGUUCCUGAAGUGGCCAUUAUCCACCAGGGUGACCAAUUCAAUCUACGCUCUCUAGGAAUAAACGAUUUAAUCGGAUGCAUAGAGCUUCCCGUACGAUUUCGAAGAGCACGAUUAAAAUAUGUCGAUUCGACGCAGUAUUUGACUUGGACUUCUAUUCAAUUCCACAAUACGUCUGCAUCCGAACACCACCGCGCGCCCACAGCCGUUCGAGCAUCGAAUCAGACAUGAUAUCUGCCGGCGAUGGGUGACUCGAUUGACCGUGGUACAAACUUAAGGAGACUGUCAGAACGUUACCUUGCUGAUGCGGGGCGGACAUCGAAACCAGGACCUGCCGGAUUCGAGACCAUCACUCAACGCAAGUCAUACGUUCCUUCUUGGACAGGUACAGCGAUCUUUGCAGACACGACCAGAAGUUAGAAGAGGGGAUCAGAAUGUGGGCUGGACCCGUCCGUCUUCGCAAAGACAGACGAUGCGCAGUUUCCUGGUGUAAAAGCUUGCGCAGACAUUCAUCCGCCUUCCGUUGACUUUGCUCUUGGCCCCUGGCAGCUGCCAGCGGUGCAUCUAAUCGCCGCUGCAAGAGCCGUGCGCAGGCAAC